UUUCAUGGACUAGGAAAUAUUUAUAUUUAAAAUAAGGGAUUUGUCUUGUCGAAUCUGCGGUUGGAUACCGCAAGCAAGGUUUCCUUCGGCUUGUUUUGGUUGGCAGAUGCUGGCAUAUCUGAAGUUUUUACCACCAGCAUGGCUGUCCCUAUAGCCAUCUUAGACUGUGAUCUUCUUCUGCACGGUCGAGGCCAUAAGACUUUGGACCGCUUUGACCUGGACUCUGUUUCAAACAACUUUCUCCUCUCAAAUUUUGGCUUUCCAAGAGACUUCAUCCUGUAUCUGGUGGAAUUACUCAGAGAGACUCUUUCCAGGAGAACCCUGAGAUCCAGAGCCAUCAGUCCUGAGGUGCAGGUCUUGGCAGCGUUGGGCUUCUACACAUCUGGCUCCUUCCAGACAUCUAUGGGGGAUAUAAUAGGGAUAAGCCAGGCAUCCAUGUCCAGAUGUGUGACCGAUGUGACCAAAGCAUUGGUGGAGAAAGCGCCACAGUUCAUCACUUUCACCAGAGAUCAUUCCAACAGAGAGUACUCCUUCCAGGAGUUUCAGAGGGUGGCAGGAUUUCCAGGUGUUCUCGGGGUUCUCGACUGUGUUCAGGUUGCCAUCAAAGCCCCGAACAGCGAAGCCUCCUCAUACGUGAACAAGAAGGGCUUUCACUCUGUAGCUUGUCAGCUGGUCUGCAACACCCGGGGGCUGCUACUCAGUGCAGAAACAUGGCCGGGUGGGCUGCAGGAUACCAAGAUUCUGCAAAGAUCAGCACUUUACAAACAGCUGCAGGACAAUAAGGAGGGCUGGCUGCUGGGGGAUGGACGUUACCCUUUAAAGAAGUGGUUGAUGACCCCGCUGGAGUCCCCAGCAACGGCUGCAGAGUUUCGAUAUAAUCUGGCCCACACAGUGACACAUGAGAUAGUGGACAGAACCUUCAGGGCCAUUCAGACCAGAUUCAGAUGUUUGGAUGGCAUCAAAGGAAACCUACAGUAUUCUCCUGAAAGGAGCUCAUCCAUCCUCAUGGCCUGCUGUGUUCUCCACAACGCCUCCCUACAUUCUGGACUGGACGCCUGGACUCUGGAGAGGACAGAACCUCUGGAGCAGCCCAAGGGCCCCGAGCAGAAACUGGAGGAGCGCGACAGCGAGGCAGAGGAACUUCAAAAACAGAUCAUACUGAAACACUUUAGCUAGAGACCUCAAAGGGGAUAAAGAUAUACCAACAGGGCUCCUGCACAUUUUUCAUAUCAAAUCCUCAAUCCCUUUUUAAACUGUGGCUACUUUAACUGCAGAUAUAUCUAUACAGAUGGAUGGAUGGAUGGAUGGUGUGUGGAGACUCUUGCAGACAGUGAAAGAACCACGGAAACCAUGUUGCUGAUGCAGUUUUUUAAUAUUUUGCUCAUUUCUACUCUACCGACUACACUAGGAUAACAUAGAUAUAUAUAUGGAGGAACAUGCAGGACGCUAUACAAAAAACCAGGACAACACAUCCAAACACAUUUCAAACAACCGGACGCCUCCUGGGAGCUCCUGAUGACUCUCUCGAGACAUUCGGAUAACUUUCCAAAGAUUCAUGGAGAGGUCGGAAUAGUCAAGCGCCUCCUGGAGGUUUAGGACUAUUCAAACUGUGUAUAGUUGCUGUGUCGUCUAAGUUUACUUACAAAUGGACCCCUCCGACCCACCAGUUGUUUAAUUUUGAUGCCCACCCUAAAUCCCGGUUUGUUUUCAUUCCCCACAGGACAUUCCACAGGUUAAAAUCUGGGAUUAUGGCCGUACAAAAACAAGGCCCACUAUUUACAACAACUGUGCUGGAAGUUGUCUUUAUUUAUGUACAUUUAGUCCCAGAUGUAUGAGAGAGAGUGUAGAUCUAGCUGCAGUCACAGGAUGCGUUUGUGUUCGUUUCUGAUGACAAAAUGGAGGCAAAAUCGACUAAAGAGACACGAGGAAGGAAAGGAGAUAACCUGUGCUGACUGAAAUGUCUUACACAAACCUUGUGGUGUAAAAUGACUUGUUUUUCUAUUCAGAGCGGGGACAGCAGCGUGCUAUGAUAGAUAGUGGUGAUGAAAUCAAGGGUUUUGAUUCUAGUGUUCAAUCAAACUAAAAUCUAGUGGUGCUUUUUCUCCUGGAAUGCUUCGGUCAUCAAUAUUUACACACUUUCUACAAACAAAUCAAUAAAUACAACAAACACUGCUGUUGCAUGACAUUUGGUCAUCAGUGAAAAUCAA